AUGGCAUUGCCGCCUCCGGGUGCGAGCUUUGAAACUCCUGGCUCAAUUUUGGUGCUGCCCGAGUUGCUUAGCCAAAAGCCUUUCCGCUUCCCACCCACCAGACCCGUCCUCUAUAAGAUGUUGAGCGAGUUGAUCCGCUCACAUCCGGAAUGGCUGCCGCGUGUCCAGAACCUGAGUUUCCAUUUUCAGCACGAGCAUGCCAUUGCUUUGCAGACGCCGUAUUCGAGCAACCACAUCUUCCUGGGUCCAAACCUCACGGAGAGGAGCAUCAACGGAGACGCAGCCUUCUACCGAUUUCGUCCAAGCUUGUGCUUCGAAAAGGAGGGCUACUGCAAGGCUGCAACAACAGGCAUCCUCGUGGAGUACGCCAUGCCGAACAUGGUUGCGAUUCGUGAGGCACGCGUGCUCCCUCCGCAAGUGAUCGAUGCAAUCCUGUACGUGCCGCCGCUCAUUUACGACCUCUUCCCCAAACGGAGUGGCCGCGACCCUGCCAUGCCCAUCACCACUUGGAGGCCUUAUACUCUGACGGGCCGUCAUGGGCGAAAUCGGAGGUCGAAGUUGCUGAAGCGCUUCAAGAAGCACAACAUCUCGACCCAGAACUUGCUGGGCUUGGAGGAUGGAACCCUGGAACUCCAGGAGGUGCUCCGACACACGGCGAUCAUGCUGAACGUGCAUCAGACGGAGGAGUUCCAUACCAUUGAGGAACUUCGCAUCCUGCCUGCCAUCCUCUGCGGGGUGGUCGUGAUCUCAGAGGUGGUGCCCUACAUGUCUGACAUUCCCUGGCGGAGCUUUGUCGUGUGGACUACGAUGGAGAAGUUCCCGGAGACUGUGAAAGAAGUUCAAGCAAACUUCGACGCAGUCUGGGACUCCAAAUUCGGCACCCGCUCGAAGCUUCCAGCCGUUCUCGCUGCCAUGUGGAGGAAGGCUUUGGGGGACUUGGAAAAACUUCUCUCACGAAAGCUGAAAGGUGUGCUCGCAUCGUGA